AUACUAUUUCAAACCCACGCGCACACGGAAACGGACGGAGACCUCGCAGAUCGACCAUGGCGGAGCUCCCGAAGGAGAAGGCGUAGCCAUCGAUCGGAGAGGAGAAGAGGGUCUAGGAGUGGUGGUAGCUCUGGAUCUCCGGUGAUGGCAUCGUCGAGGGUGAUGGCUUCGUCGUCGAUGGGUGGGUCUGACCUCACGCGGUUGCAGAACUCGGCGGCUGGGGAUCCAUCGAAGACGAUCGGAUCUAUGAGUGUUGAUGAUCUCCUGCGUAACAUCUACGGAGAGGGUGCUUCGGCACCGUCCCCGGUUCCCGGCGGGAAGACGAUGGAGGAUGUUUGGCGGGAGGUGUCGACGGGGAGGAAGCAGGAGGGAGGGGAGGGGAUUGAGGAGAUGACUCUGGAGGACUUUUUGGCGAGGACUGGGGCUGUGAUGGAGGAGGAGGUGAGGGAUCCGUCGGGGCCGAGGAUUGAGACGGGGAUGGGUUUAGAGAACCGGAUUCUAGGGUUUGGGACCGUUGCGGAUGGUGGUGGAACGGGAGGGAGGGGAAGGGGGAGGAAGAGGCUCUUGAUGGAUCCAGAGGACCGGGUGGCGUUGCAGCGGCAGAAGAGGAUGAUCAAAAACCGGGAGUCGGCCGCGAGGUCUCGGGAGAGGAAACAGGCUUAUACUGCGGAGCUGGAGACUUUGGUAAUGCAACUGGAGGAGGAGAAUGUCACGCUGUUGACGGAGAGGGAGGAGGAACGAAAGGAGAGGAUUAACCAGUGUCAAACUGUAAUUUGCAGCUCAUGAAGAAUAUAAUCCCAGUAACAGAAGGAAGAAAACCUCGGCGGCCACUCCGGAGGACUCGAUCUAUGCAAUGGUAGGGAGAGACAAAGAAACCUCACAGCAACAUUCUUUUCGGAGUAUUGGUGAUAUAUUUUUGGUUUCAACCUUGCUAUCUAUCUUUAUGGUUGGUAGAUCAACUAUAUGAUGAAUUAAAGAUGUGACAAAGUAAAAUUAUGGUGCUCGACUUCUUUAAAUUUAAAUUUGAGAGCGUUGUUCCCACUGCAUCGAUUAAAGGGUGUUGUUAAUUGCAUAUGAGGCGGGGUGGCGUCCAAUGUAUGUAAAAACAUGCAUGUUUGGGAUGUAACAAGUAAUAAUACCCUUUUAUUUUGUAUUUUCCAGAGACUUGAAAUCAAGCUUAGCCAGUUCCAAUGACAUUGUGUUUGAGUUGAUCCAUGAGAAAAAAAGGCCAUGAUUGAAAUUUUA